AUGCAUUCCACUUCAUUCUUUGUCGCUGCUGCUUUCGCCGCUGCCGCCUAUGCCUCCCCCAUGGGCGGCCCGUCGAAUUCCGGCGGUGGUAACUGGAACGGGAGUGCUCCCGCCGGCGGCGCCGCUGCCAGCUACACCACGGGCAUGCCGGGCAACCCGACGGCCGUUCCCAACCCGGUCCCGACCAGCGGCGUCAUCGCCGAGCUCCUCACGGCCGACAACACGGUCGCCCGGUUCAAGGACAUCCAGAAGGAAAUCGCGGCGGGGGACGCCAGCCUCAAGUUCGACUUCAACCCGGCCGCCAACCCGGCCGUCACGCCCGGCGAGGGGGGCCAGGUCGACCUGGCCUCGCGCGCCAACUUCCCCAUCCUGACCGGCCUGGGCAUCUCGGCGGCGGGCAUCUUCUUCGAGCCCUGCGGCCUCAACACCCCCCACGUCCACCCUCGGGCCGCCGAGUUCCUGACCGUGGCGACCGACAGCAACGUCUUCACGGGGUUCGUGCUGGAGAACGGCCUGGCGUCCGAGUUCAACACCACCCUGACCCAGUUCCAGGGCACCGUCUUCCCCCAGGGCAGCAUCCACUUCCAGCAGAACCUCGACUGCCACCCCGCGGUGGCCAUCGCCGGCCUCAACUCCGAGGACCCGGGCGCCAGCUCCGUCGCCCAAAACUUCAUCGUCAACCUGGACGGGGACGUUGUCGACGCCACCCUCGGCUUCCCCAAGCAGAUCGACGGCGACAACUUUGCCCAGUUCAAGAAGAACAUCCCCGCCAGCCUGGCAAAGGGCGUCGAGGAGUGCUUGAUCAGGUGCAACAUCCCUUACUAGAAUAGAAAACUAAUUCGUCAACACGUGGAUGAACUUGACUGUAUGGGUUUCCCUCUUUUUGCCUUCUCUUUAUGCAUAGCGACCGGGUUUUGUUUUGUUC